UCAGUGAUCGUCUCAAUCAUUUGCGAACGGUUCACCUGUGAUGGUAAAUUAAUUGAUUUCGUUACCACUGUGUAGCUGACAUUACCUUGUUACCAUUGAUAUUUGACUGUGGUGACACCGAUUCAGAUAUUUGGCUGGGCUUUACAAAAAUACUUCAUCGCAAGUAGUGAUUCCGUACAAAAAUCUUCUAUACAUCCUUCCAGGGGCAUUUUAUCUUUAUGAUCUUCAAUCGUCGUAAUGUUAUUGGAAACCCGGGAAAAGAGGUGCUACAAAUACCUCUAGUCUGCCAGCUUGGAAUGUUUUGGUAUCUGGUCAAACCAGAGAGCUACAUAAUUUGGUACCGAGGGAACCGUUAGAUCACAGCAAAACCACAAAGUUGGCAAAGCAGCUGUUGGCCUAAAAAUGCUGCAGCAGCGAUGAGAGCUUAACCACCACACACUUCACUAACACAAUGUAUACGACGGUCGACAGCUGUUAAGCGUUAAGCCAAGCAGCCAGCCAGCCAGCCAAACACUCAAACACACAAACUUGCAGCGAGCCAAAAACAGCCAGCAACGGCACAGAGCGUUAUGCUCAUGCGUUUAGACUUCUUUGAGACUCGACUCAAGAAGGUCGUUUGAAUUAUUUGAACGGUUGUCAUUUGAACGUGCAAAGAAAUACAACAAAAUAAAAAACCCAACAAAAGCGGUUAAAUUUUAAACGUAAAUUUAUGAAAAACACACACAGAAAAAUAAUCAUAAGUGCGAUUAAAUUAAUAAAUAAAUUGAAACGUUAGUUUUAAAACAAACUUUAAACACGACUAAACGGUAACGCAAACUACACGUCAAUAACGUUAAUAACAACAAUACAAAAAAGUUUUUUUUUUUUUUUUAACUAACGUGGACAUUUUUUUAAAAUUAUUAAAAAUAUAAAAUAGUGGGCCACUCAAGUGAUAUUGACUGCAGGCAUUAAGGAAGUCAAUUAUCGAUACAUGUGUGUGCUGCAUUUUUUGUUUUGUAGAUAUUUUUUGUGAAAAAAAACAACUAAACACAAUUUGAUGAGAUGUGCCGUCUCUAUUAACACACGACUGUUUACAUGUUCACGUAAUAGCAAAAGUAACAACAACAACAACAAUUGCAGCAACAUAAACUAAACGUAGCAAAUAGCAUAAACACAACAAACUCCCAACUAAUAAUUGCAAUUUGCAACAGCAACUGAAGCAGUAGCACAAGUUUAUUAUAAAGCAGCUACAGCAACACAACACAAAAACAAAGACCAAUAACCGCAGUCAGCUCUAGAAAAUGUUUAAACGCUUAAAAUUUAACAUAAACAACAACUAAAAACGUAAUAAUUGUAAUAAUAAUAAAAACAUCAACAACUAGUGUAAUAUUUAUAUAAAGCUCAUCCCGUGAUCACGGGAGUGUUUUUUACAAUAGUAUAUGUGUGAGUGUAUGUAUGUGAAUGCAGUUCCUUAAACAAGAUAAAAAACAAAAACAAAAUAAAAUAUUGUUGCACAUGUUAGCAGCAGCAACAAUAUUAUAGCGAAAAAACCCCAGCAACUAAUAUUGCCACUGUAACAACUAAUCCAAGAGCAAAGCCAACAGAGGCACGAGAUAUCCGUGGCAGGUACACAUAAUAAACUGAUCUUUGCAACAGUGCAACAACUACAAUAAUAGCAAAUAAACUGUUGCACAGGAAAACAACAUUUAUCGAUUAAAAUCAAACAGCUAUAAGCAAGCGAACAAACAAACCAACCAAACAAAUAGUUCAAUGAACGGAACUCUUUUAAAUAUAAACGACAGCAAAAUAACAAUCUACAUUCAAAACGAAUAACUUACAACAACCAACACCAACACCACCACCACCUUCACUUCUUUUUUACUCUCUUCUUCUUUACUUCUUUUUACUACAAACCUCUCGACCAACACUUGGUAAAAAUUUCUUAUAAAUCCUGUGACUCCAAUAAUCACAAAUCAUCCAGCUUAGUAAAACAACAACAAGUAAUUCCUUAAAGCUCCAUGUAAAAUGCAAGCAACCAAACAAUGCAGUCUUUGGUCUCUCAUAACAGGUCUCAGCAGUCUGCUGGUCUUAACACAAGCCCAGCUUAGCGAUAAUAAUGCUUUGUACCUACACACGCACACACCUGCUUUGGCUAGCACGUUACAGCAUGCAGCCACGCCUACUACACCUCUGCAGCAAACAUCUACACAGCCCUAUGGCAGUUCGGUGAAUCAACCACCCUGGUUGGAACAGGCUUCUACGAGUACAAGAGGAGGCCAGUCAAAUUCGGCACGUAAUUUAUAUGCUCCCUACCAAAGUUUUUCCAAAACUGAUGUGGCCAAUUUUCCCAAUUUACUAAUACGUCCCGAUGGUUCAGCAGUUCAAACUUUUGGCUCUUAUCGUGAGGGUAGAUCCCUAGUACCAAAUCGUUCAGUUCCUGUGCAGGCUAAUAGGCGUGCCGACUCGGCCGAAGUUGAAAUAAUAGCGGCUCCUGCUGUUGAAUUACCCGCCUCACCCCUUAUUACCGUGCCCAAACAAGUAGUACCCUCCCAGGCUGUUAAUAUCAGUCGAGUGGGUCGUAAACGUAAUUACAUGUAUAUUCCUCUGCAACAGGAUAACGCUAAUAAUUAUCUUUUACAAUUGAAACCCAAAAACAAUGGCUCUUUAAGUGGCCUUAAGCCUCCCGGCAGUGAAGUUGGACCUGUUUUACCCGAAAUUGCCGAAGAUAUGACCAACUAUUCCGAUAAAACUGAACGCAGUGAUAUAGCAGCACCUAGUCCUCUAACAUCCACUGAUCGUUAUGAUCAUGGUGAGGAGAAUAGCAGUCGACGUGUGGGUUUUUCCUUUCCCAGUUACAGUUUAAGUCCCUCAAAUCCCUUCCAGCCCCAAGCCUAUCGUGAAGACAAUCCCAUAUUUACUGAAUCCACCGGUUUUGAAAGACCCUUUAGUGAUGAUGAUAAAGAUAAACGUCUAACACGUCAAUUGGUGUUUGAACAAGAUGCUUCACCCACUUCCUAUUCAUAUGAUUUUUCCAGUUUAGGCGGCUCUAGCUCUAUACCGCAUACUCUUAACUCAGCCAUAGCUCAGGGUAAACAAUAUCGUGAUGAGGUAACUAAGUUUGGCGAUAUUAAUGGACCCAUUACAGCUAUACCACAAAGACCUCAAAGAGGCCUGUUUUUUGGUGACACUGAAUUUAGAACUGGCACUUUGUCUCGUCCCUAUACCCAGCAGCAGAAAAAUUUCAAUGAAUAUAUAGGUCCCGUAGAUCCUACAAGUUCACGUAAAAGUCGCUACUUCCCCUACAAAUCCUCCCGAAGUCCCAGAGUGGUAUUUCCGGUCAACGAUAAUGUAGGAGCCACUGGACCCAGUAGCACCGGCACUGGAGUUUACUUCAACGACAAUGUCGUAUUUCGCGAUCAAAACUUUGGCAUUAAUGAAUUGGCCGCUGUUCAAGAUGUACGUAAUGAAUUUAGUUUACAGGAUUUAGACAGUUCAUCGGACAGUAGCACUCCAACGGUAGCACAAUCGGCCAGUACUUUUAAGGAGAAAGCUGACAUCACAAGCGAACUGGAAUGCCAGCAUCGCGGUGGCACUUGUGAAUUUUUUGUAGGCUGCUGGAUGACUGGCGGUCUUCUGCAGGGUACUUGUAAUGGAUUGUUGCGUGGCUGCUGUCAUCGGACAGCUAAAUCGGCCAAUUUGCGUACCUCUGACUAUGUGGGUCACACAAUCGAUUUGACUGAUCUUCCGCAAAAGAACUAUGGACCGGUGAAAAAUGAUCCCAGUUGCGGCAUAUCACUGGCAAAACAAACGGCUCAGAGGCGUAUAGUGGGAGGAGAUGAUGCUGGCUUUGGUUCUUUCCCCUGGCAGGCUUAUAUACGUAUUGGUUCCUCCAGAUGUGGUGGGUCUUUGAUUUCACGACGCCAUGUAGUCACUGCUGGUCAUUGUGUUGCCAGAGCCACUCCCAGACAGGUACAUGUUACCUUGGGUGAUUAUGUUAUCAAUUCAGCUGUAGAACCUCUGCCAGCCUAUACAUUUGGUGUAAGACGUAUUGAUGUUCAUCCCUAUUUCAAAUUUACUCCUCAAGCAGAUCGUUUUGAUGUCUCGGUAUUGACCUUGGAAAGAACGGUACAUUUUAUGCCUCAUAUAGCUCCAAUUUGUUUGCCCGAAAAGAAUGAAGAUUUCUUGGGUAAAUUUGGUUGGGCUGCGGGUUGGGGUGCUCUAAAUCCUGGAUCUAGAUUACGACCCAAGACCUUACAGGCUGUAGAUGUUCCAGUUAUUGAAAAUAGGUAAGAAGAAGUGAUAUAUA